GAUGAUGGUAGUGCCUUAAAAGGCAGUAUUUCACAACUCUCCUACGUCAGUGCUUGUAGAAGACUCAAGGUUAACACCAUGAAAUUGAUCUACACUGGUCUGAACCAGAAACGACUUUGCAUUAAAAAUCAACUGAUUUCACCACAGUCAGUGAAAGCAUUAACAAUUGCCUUGGUGAAAAAUGUGGUCGUAGAGUCUCUGACCUUUGAUUCAAAUGAAUUGAAAGCAGCUGGAGCCACGAUAGUUGCAUCCAUUAUACCCCAAAAAUUAGAACUGCUGGAACUGAACUUAACCAAUAAUUCUUUAGGGUCGAAAGGAGCCGAAGUAAUCUGUAAUGAACUAAUGAACAAUACUAUCAUUCAAAAAGUGGAUCUUUCUGGAAAUUAUUUCAACGAAGACGAUGCCAUAUACUUCAGAGAUCUACUGGAAGAGAAUAACUCAAUAAUGGAACUCAAUUUAAGUCACAAUAACUUUCAAGAAAUGGGAGGAAAGGUGAUUGCAGAAGGAAUAGCUAAGAAUGAUUUUCUGAGAGUUCUAGAUUUGAGUUGGAACCAUCUAAGAAUGUCUGGAGUUGUAGCUAUAGGUAAAAGUUUACUAGAAAACACUACGUUAGAAGUUCUUAGAAUUGGUUGGAAUGGUUUCAAUCUGAGGGGUUGUAUAGCUCUUGGGGAGUCGCUAUGUGAAAAUAAUACCUUAGUGGAAUUGGAUUUGUCUUGUAACAGAAUCACAGACUUGUGCUUGGGUCAGCUUCUGAAAGCCUUCCACACGAACACCACCUUAAAGAUAUUGAAGCUGCCUCUGAAUCAACUUUCACGGCAUGGUUGUGACGUUCUCUUGAAAAUGAUAGAGAGCCACGAACAAAUACCUCUUCAACUAAUUGAUUUGGGUAACCAGAGUGUGAAAGAAAACUUCCCUGCAAGAGCCAAGGAAUUAAAAAAUACCAGGAAUAUCGAUUUCUAUCAUGGCCCCAUUAUUAGAGAAGGCAUUCAAUUUGGUGGAGAGAAGAAGCAAGAAAAGUCUGAUUCUUUGGAUAACGAAGAUCCAUUUUUAAUUUUGAUCGUGUACAUGCGGUUACAAAACAUCAGAAUGUUGGAAAUGUUUUCUAACAUGGAUAAAGAUAUGAGUAAAUCGGUGACAAGAGAAGAAUUUAAACGAGAAAUGAAAAGGGUGAAUAUCCCAUUAACAGAAUGGCAGCUUGAUCGUUUGAUACAUUCAUUAGAUAGUGAUAGGAAUGGAGACAUUGAUUUCAGUGAGCUCAUG